AUGCCACUUUCAUUGCUCUCAUUCCGAAGAAGGGAGGCGAUAGAUAUUAGGGAUUUUUGCCUUAUUUGUUUGGUAAGGUGUUUCUACAAGUUGAUUGUUAAGGUCCUUGCUUCAAGGUUACGGAAAGUUCUAGAUGGCGUCAUUUCUGAUUCUCAGAAUGCUUUUGUGGGAGGUCGUCAGAUUUUGGACUCAGUUCUUAUUGCUAGUGAGUGUGUGGAUUCCCGUUUGCAUAGUGGGGUCCCGGGAGUUUUGUGUAAGCUUGACCUGGAGAAGGCAUACGACCAUGUGAGUUGGAGUUUCCUUCUUUACCUGAUGGAAAGGAUGGGGUUUUGUGAUCGGUGGAGGAGAUGGAUUCAUUUUUGUAUAUCCAGUGUUCGUUUUUCGAUUCUUGUGAAUGGUGCUUCUACCGAUUUUUUCUCUAGCUCGAGGAGUUUGAGACAAGGGGAUCCGCUUUCCCCUUUCUUGUUCCUGUUUAUAAUGGAGGGCCUUAGUAAACUAAUGAGCAAGGCUAUUAAGUUGGGGUUUUUGAGAGGCUUUCGGGUGGGCAGGGAUACUGCUCCCCAGUUGGAGGUCUCCCAUUUGAUGUUUACCGAUGACACUUUGGUUCUAUGUGAUACAAAUGUGUCCCAGCUUCGAUAUCUGAAGUGUGUCCUGAUCUGGUUCCAAGUUGUUUUUGGCCUUAAGGUGAUAAGGGUAAAAUUGUUUUGGUGCCGGUGGGAGAGGUCCCUGAGAUUGAGUUAUUUGUUGAUAUUCUUGGUUGUCGUACUGGCUCUUUUCCCAUCUCUUACUUUAGGAUGCCUUUGGGGGGCCCUUCAAGAUGUGUUGGGGUUUGGGACCCUGUGGCGGAUAGCAACGUCCUUCAACACUCUUCUCCCUGUCCCUCUCCUUCACCGCCACCUCUCCAACGCCCUCUAUUCUCCUCUUCCUCCUAACUGUUCAUCAUCAUCCUUUUCCUCCUCGGAAUGGUUCCCUUUCCUCCGCACCGCCAUUUCCAUAAACAACUUACUCCUCGGCAAAUGCGUACACGCGCUCGUCGUAACUUGUGGGCACCCUGCAGACCGCUUCCUCACCAACAAUCUCAUCACCAUGUACUCCAAAUGCGGUUCUCUCUCCUCCGCACGCCACCUGUUCGAUAAUGCCCCUCAACGAGACCUCGUUACUUGGAAUUCUAUUCUCGCCGCCUACGCGCACGCUGCUGAUUCUGAUGACGACCAUGGCAUCCAAGAGGGUUUCUUCCUUUUCCGUCAAUUUCGAUUGUCUGCUGCUUUGGCUAGCAAACUCACCUUAGCUCCUGUUUUGAAGUUGUGUUUGAUGUCGGGAUAUAUAUGGGCCUCGGAAACAGUUCAUGGGUAUGCCAUUAAAAUUUGUUUGGAAUGGGAUGCAUUUGUUUCAGGUGCUCUUGUUAAUAUUUAUUCUAAAUUCGGAAGAGUAAGGGAUGCCCGGGUUUUGGUUAAUGACAUGCCUAAAACUGAAAAGGAUAUUGUGUUAUGGAAUGUGAUGCUCAAGACAUGCGGCCAAAUGGGCCUCAAGAAAGAUGUUUUUCUUCUCUUCGCCGAGCUUCAUCGGAGUGAAUUGCGUCCGGAUGAUGUCAGUGUUCGUUGUGUUCUUGGCGGGCUUUCUGAGGUCGAAUUUGAUGAAGGCAAUAAGUAUGCACAGCAAGUUCAAGCAUAUGCAACGAAAUCGUUUUUGCAGGAUGAUACUUCAGAUGUAAUCUCAUGGAAUAAAUACUUGCCUCAGUAUCACCAAGCUAGUGAAAAUUUAUCCACUGUCGAAUGCUUUAGGAAUAUGCACAGAUCAAAUGUAGGUUUUGAUAGUGUGACAUUUGUUGUUGCUCUUGCUGCUGUAAUAGGGAUAAAUGAUUCGGGGUUGGGACGACAAAUUCUUGGCAUGGCUGUGAAGUUUGGUUUUGAUUUGGAUGUCACUGUUGCAAACAAUCUCAUUAACAUGUAUUCAAAGACAGGGUACUUAAGUUUUCCUCAAAAGGUUUUCACCACCAUGGAGGAACUGAAUUUAGUUUCGUGGAAUUCAAUGGUAUCAAGUUGUGUGCAGAGUGGUUUGGAGGAGGAAGCAAUGACUCUUUUUAGGGAUACGGUUAAUGAUGGCUUAAAACCAGAUCAUUUUACAUUGGCGAGUGUCCUGAGGGCUUGCUCUUCACUUACUGCAGGAUUGUGUCUGAGUGAACAAGUUCAUGUUCUUGCACUAAAAACUGCAAUCAUCAGUGAUACUUUCGUAUCAACAGCACUUAUUGAUGUUUAUUCUAGGAACAGAAGAAUGGAAAGUGCAGAAUUACUAUUUCAAAAUAAAGAUGAAUUUGAUUCGGCAACUUGGAACGCCAUGAUGCAUGGGUAUAUAAUUUGCAACAAUGGGCAUAAAGCCUUAGAGCUCUUUGCUAUGAUGCACAAAAGUGGAGAAAGGUCAGAUGAGAUCACACUUGCAACUGUGGCUAAAGCCUGUGGUUGUUUGGUAUGGCUGGAACAAGGAAGGCAAAUUCAUGAUUAUGUAAUUAAAGUCGGGGUUGACUCAGAUUUAUGCGUUAGUGGUGGUAUUCUCGAUAUGUAUAUUAAAUGUGGAGACAUGGUGGAUGCAUACAGAGUCUUCCAAGGGAUUCCUGCACCCGAUGAUAUUGCAUGGACAACUAUAAUCUCCAGGUGUGUAGAAAAUGGAGAUGAGGACUGUGCUUUUUCAAUGUACCGUCAGAUGAGGCAAUCUGGUGUAGCACCUGAUGAGUAUACCUUCGCUACCCUCAUCAAAGCGAGCUCAUACUUGACUGCACUGGAACAAGGAAGACAAAUUCAUGCAAACUUGAUCAAGUCAGAUUGUGCUUCCGACCCUUUCGUUGGGACCUCGCUUAUAGACAUGUAUGCCAAGUGUGGGAAGAUAGAAGAUUCAUAUUGCUUAUUUAAAAGUACAGAUGUUCGAAACAUUGCCCUGUGGAAUGCCAUGUUGGUCGGUUUAGCUCAGCACGGUCAUGGUAGAGAAGCUCUCAACCUUUUCAAAGAUAUGAAACUGUUGGGAAAUGUGCUAGUUUUAAAAACUUUUCGAAAGAUUUUCAUUCAUAGAUCUUGAUUUAUCACAUAGAGACAAGUUUUAUACAAAAAUAAAAUAUGAUGUAUCAUUCAAUUAAACAUAUUGAAUACU